AGCCUACGUCAUCACGCACAGCGCGGCGCAGAGACUGUCAGCUGAUUGUCUGCGCGAGGAAGUGUUCUCGGUUCUCCCCCGAAAAAAAAAAAUAAUAAUACCGAAAAGGACGAUGAACGGCGUGUCGGUGUUCGUUACGCUCGCGGCUCUAGCAGGUGUUUUUGGUGACCAGCUGACGGUGCUGCGUAGCCCCCAGUAUGUGAACUUCAGGUCUGGAAACUGGCCGCUGGCCGGAGAGAAGAUCCCGGACCUGGUGGCUCUCACCAUGGGCUUCUCUGUCCGUGAGGAUCUGGAUUGGCCAGGCUUAGCAGCAGGCUCCCUGUUCCAUCGCCCUCGUGCCAGCGCCCUUAUCGCUGUCCGUGGCAUUGACAGUUUAGAUCUUCCCUCUAACAUCUCCUCUUAUCCACUGCAAAACACGGUGCCGUUCACCCUGGACAGUGUGGCGAACUCCAUCCACACUCUGUUCGCUGAGAGCACUCCUGUGGUGCUGCAGCUCGCCCCCAGCGAGGAGAGGUUGUACAUGAUGGGAAUGGCCAACACGGUGUUUGAGGAUUUGCCCGUCACUCUGCAGCAGAUCCGCACUCGUCUGUCACAGGAGGGCUCGGUCCUGCCUUCACUCCCUCUCAACUCCCUGAGCCGUAACAACGAGGCUGAUCUGCUCUUCCUGUCUGAGAUUCAAGUGUUGCAUGAUAUUUCUGCUCUGCUGAUGAGACACAAGCACUUGGCUAAGGACCAGGCUCCUGAUCUGUUCUCCCUGGAGCUUGCUGGUAUGGAGGAGCUCGCCCGGCGCUACGGCACAGAUUCCCCUCAGUUCCAGGACGCCCGUGAGAUUCUGGUUGCCGCACUGCAGAAGUUCGCCGAUGACGUCUUCGGCGUUUACAGCAGCAACGCAGUGGUGGAGGUGGUGACGGUGAAGGCGUUCGAGACGCCAGUAACCAGGAAGUCGCGCUCCAUCUUGGAGGCUAAGCAGAAGAGUAACCCAGGAAGUCUUUACAACCUGGCCUACAAGUACAACUUUGAAUACGCCGUAGUGUUUAACAUCGUGCUGUGGCUCAUGAUCCUGUUGGCUCUGGCCGUCAUCGUCAUCUCCUACAAUCUGUGGAACAUGGACCCAGGCUACGACAGCAUCAUCUACAGGAUGACCAAUCAGAAGAUCCGCAUGGACUAACCGUGCAUUCCGCCGCACUUCUGUUGUGUUCUGUGUGUGUACAGGUUUCUCAGUUCCAUACAUCCCUUAUGUCCAGAGUGUGUGUAUAUAGCUCUAAUGUGUCGCUUUGUGAAUAUGUAGGAAGGAUAAAUAUUUAUUGAUACCUGCAAGUUUGUUUGAAAAUCUAAAUGAACGUGUGUGUGUAUAUAAACGCCGGGUGAACGAAUGAGCAGGAACCUUGUGUGUUUAACAUUACUGCUGGCUGGAGUUUUAUGGCUAUGAGUGAGGGGGCUGCCGUGGAUUGGUGCGAAAUCUUCACACUAGUGUUGUGAUCACACGUGGUGCUGUGUCGUGUUCCUGAUUGAGCUUCAUUCCUGAAUCGUCUGUAUUUAUUGUUGCUGUUUUGUUUUGUUUUUUAAAUUCCUGAUACACUGGAUCAUUCGUGGUACUGAUGUGUAGGGGUGGGGCGAUGUACAACAAUUGCAUGCGAUAAGAUUUUAGUUGUGUUAAAAAUCCUGACAAUGGGUCACAGAAUUUGUUUCACCUGACAGUGAGUCUUGAGCAGUGAUUUGUGUGUUCACCUGAAACACUUAUCUCCGUCCAUCAUAGGAUUGAACUUCAGCUGGAAAAAAAAAAAAUUGUUUUACUGACAAAUGUGAAAGAGGAGACUGGGCGCUGAGCAAAGUUUGUUCAUUACCAAAUAAAGUCUUGUCACAGUG